AUGGCGCGGUCGUUUGGGGAGAUUCGUAGCGUGGCGGAGAACCCGUUCCGUUCACAAGUCCUCUCGUGGUACCGCAAGUGUCUCCGCGCCGCCUUUGCCGCUCCCUGGGACUCAGACGAGGACGCGAUAUACGUGCUGGAAGAAACGCGCCGGCUGUUCCACCAGAACCGUGACAUUCGCAGCGUGGAGCGCAUCGAGCGCAAGGUGCGUGAGGUGGAGAUGCGGUACGAGAUGGCGCUGCACUACAACAUCCCCUACCCACGUCCCUUCAAUAAAACGCAGGGCUCGAUGCCGGAGAGCGGGGUGCCGUAUGCCGCUUACCUCGACUCUUCGUAUGACCACCUGGUGAACCCAAACGUCGGCGUCAUCGAGGAAGGCAGCGCGAAUUUGGGCGUGAUGGGCGGGUUGGAGAAGCGCGAGUAUUACUUUGAAGAUAACACCGGCGAGGCCGACGUGGCGGGGCGGCAAAACCCCCUCGACACAACGCCGGAGCCGCCAUCGACAAUACGCUAG